CCUCUGUGCAAAUAUUUAUGAAUAUCAACAAACCGCUACUGAAUGUAGUGAAAUAAAGUAUUAACUAUACUAAUUGGAAAUAUUUGUUAACAAAGUACCCCUUUGAAUUCGAAAUUCUGAUCAAAAUUUUUGUCGUGUACGAGGAUAUACGUACAAUGAAAUUGUUAUUCAUGAAAUUAAAGACGAAAAUUAUAUAUACCAUUCGCACGAAUGAUUAUGGAAUAUUCUUUAUCCAGAUAUGAAAAACCCUAUCGUUCAUAGAUUUAAUAGUAAGUUGUUUGUAGUGGUAGAAUUAUGCUGUGGAAAAAUGUUUUGAUAUAAAAGUUUUAAGACAACUUGGGCGAAAGAUGUGUUGUUAUUUGAAAGUUAUUUUUUCAUAAGUAUGUCAAAGAAUUGUCAGGACGCAUGUGCAGUUUUAGAAACUAAAGAAGAAUGCAUUUCGCGCCAGAAAAGUGAGAUUGUCGCUCCGAGGACUGGGAGUGCAGAAUGCACGGGGAACAUGUUCACACGUGAGGUCACGUUCGAUGAUUUAUUCAGGGAAAAAUUUAUACCACUUGAUUCGAGAAAAAAGGUGGGAAACUAUGUAAUAGGGCGUGUUAUAGGAGAAGGGACUUUCUCUAAAGUAAGGGAAGCUCGGAAUAUAACCAACAGCGAAAAGAGAGCUGUCAAAGUUUUGCCAAAGAAAACGAUCUCAAAGCGACCGGAUGUGCGGCGCAGAUUCAUGCGCGAAGUGAAAUCGCUCCGCAAAAUUUGUCAUAAAAAUAUAGUUCAAAUUCACGAAGUUAUGGAAACAGCUGGAAACUAUUACAUUGUCAUGGAGCUACUACGGGGCGACAACCUCAAAGAAUACCUUGAUAAAAGGAAGAGAUUGUCGGAGAGCGAAGCGAAAUAUUUCAUGCAUCAAACUAUAGAAGCUGUGGAUUACAUGCAUUCUCAGGGAAUUGUACAUAGGGAUCUCAAGCCAGAAAAUAUCAUUUUAAAUGGAGAUGUGGUAAAGAUAAUAGAUUUUGGAUUGUGUGCGUGUAUAAAUCAAGAUGAGACCAUGUCAACCCAAUGUGGUUCACCAGCUUAUGCUGCCCCAGAAAUAUUCAACAAAGAGCCUUACACAAAACAAGUAGACGUCUGGAGCAUAGGGAUAAUUUUAUUUCUAGUUGUGACAGGGUGUAUGCCUUUCAGCGUGGCAGGUAAAUCAUCAGCUCAAGUAUAUGCUACAGUUUUAAAAGGAUAUGAAUUGCCAAAAAGUUUACAACUGUCAAUAGAUUGUGAAGACUUGAUCUCAAAGAUGUUAGUGAUAAAUGCAGACGAUCGUAUCUCUACCAGCGACAUUUUACGUCAUAAAUGGUUCCAUAAAAAACCAAAGGAAGCUAGAUGACGGUGUCAGCAUGAAUUUAACAUUUCAUUAUAUUCACACUACAGCAUAAAUCAUGAUCUACGCAUUUUAAACAUGACGCUAUCAUAUUAAAUUAAGAAUUUUCAAGCAGCAUUAAUAUAUCAUGGUAUAUGUCACAUGUUAAAAGAAAUACUGUUAUAGAAAAGUUGAAUUUCAAGAAUUACUGUGCUUAUGUUCAUAUGAUAAAACAAAUGUUUUAGAUAUAAAUUGAGUGGUAAUUUUUUAACUUUUAUAAUUAUUAUAUAAAUAAAUAACUUCAAGCGGCCGCUAAAGGCAAUUGAAAGUAACUAAUAAGUGCAUAAGCUUAACACAUCUGAGCAUAGUCGUUAAAAAGAUUAUUUAGUGAGAAUAAACUUAAUCAUUCAUUAGAAGUCAUAAUGUAUUAAUCUUAAAAAGAAGACAGUGUUUCAAUAACAUACCCGAACGAAAAAUAUGUGCAGCAAAAUAAUGUAAUAAUAAUAAUAAUAAUAAUAAUGAUAAUAAUAAUAAAAGAAUAAUAAUCAUUACUGCCAUUAUUAUACAUAGAAGUAGAUACUUAGCUAUACAGUAUAUUUUUUGAAACACUGAUCGUUUAAUAUACAUGUAUAUCGACGCGUAUUGGAAGUUUUAUCCGGUGCAAAAAAUACUAUUUACUAAUAUGUAUAAAAUAUUGUCAUUUACAUAUUGGUAUUGUAAUAAAAAACUGUUUAUGUUCUACAAACAAGCUAAGAGUUAUUCAUGUAUUUCACCUUAAUAUCAAUUUUCUUAUAAUUUCAUAAGUCGGACAUAUUUGCCAAUUUCAUGUUUGAAGUUAUUACAAAUGCUUGCACAUUUCAAAUACAAAAACUGGAGAAAACUAGUUUAAGUCUGUUUCAACUGCUUAACUAUUUAUUGAAUUGAAAUUGACCGGCGGUCUGAUUAUUGUACUGACGAAUGUGUCAAAGAAAGCCUGAAGCCCUGUAAAGCAAUUUUAUCAGGUACAUAAUACAUGAUUGUAUACAAAAUAAAAAUUCUUGUCAUCAGUCGGAAUAAAAAUGCAUUUCUUAAUCAUGUUAACUAUAAAGUUACUAAAGAUUGUCCAGUAAAAACUCGGCCGCUUACCAACUGUUAUCGUUUUUAAGGGUGAUAAUCGUGUCUCAAGCAUGUUAUACAUUUAGGUUUGGUUGCCUCCCUUUUAGCCAAUUUAACGCACUGUCACAUCAAGCGAAUCCGAUUCUCGAUGUCGCGGACAAUAAUGUAGAUAAGUAGAUUGCGAUGAUUUCACACGAUAUAUUUUUGUUUUGUUAAUUUAUACCUAGACUUAUCUUAAAAAAGACAUCAGCAGUCAAUUUGAAUGCCAUUGUAAAUAUAGUUUAAAAAUAUUAAAAAUAUGAGAACUGUGUAGCACAGAACAAAGUAAUAAAAAAGAAUUACACACCGUUACAACUGAAUUGAAUUGUCUGUAUAAGGUGUAUGGCCGGACAACUGCCCCCUUUCUGCAUAACAUAUGAGCUGUGUCACGACAAAACCAACAUAAUGGGUUUGCGACCAGCAU